CCUUGGCCUGUGGAGGAGGCCCUCCCUCAAGGUGUGCGGCUGACUCCUCUCUCUGUCAACCUCUGCGGAAGCCCUGCUGCUGGGCGAUGCUCUUGGCAGGCGGGGAAUCGGGCUGAGGGCGCAAAGGGACACGUGGCGAAAGCAGGCAUCCCUGUCGGCCCGGAGACAGAGAGAGAGAGAGGGAGGCUCUGCGCAGGGGCUGCUCUCGCGUGACGCUUGCCAUUAGGCUGCCUUCUCUCUCUCCCCCUCCCUCCCCCGCAUCGCUCCUUCCCCGCGGGUCCGUCCGUCCGUCGGCGAGCGAUGCGGGGCGAGGUACCUGCGUGGCGGCCAUGAGCGGCCGGGCAGCGGCGAGGUGAGGCUGCCCUGGCCCCGCCAGCCCGGGAGCGCCAUGCGGAAGGGGACCUGGGCCGGGCUGCUGGCGCUGCUGGCCCUGUCCGGGGCGCGCGCGGGGGACGGCGGCCGAGAGAGCCCCGCCGAGUUCGACCGCCUUUACGCCGGCGCCGUCGGCCGGGCCGCCGAGCAGCUCUACGCCUUCAACUACAGCGCCCUCCCCGGCCAGGUGGAUGCCAUCCGGGUUAAUGUAAAGAGUGAUUCUGAAGAUCUGCAAUAUCCGGUCUUGUUUGUAGUUCGGCAGCAGAAGGGAGUACUGUCCUGGCAGGUCCCACUGGUGUUUCGUGGCCUGUACCAAAGAAGUUAUAAUUAUGCAGAAGUAAGCCGUACGCUUUGCCCAUCAGAGCCCACAGUUGACAAUGGGCCUUCAGAGCAGAUCUUAUAUGUAGAUGUGGCUUCCAUGGCCCCCUAUAAUGCUCACUAUGUCCUGCAAGUCACCAGGAUCAAGAACUUCCAGCUUGGAACAAACAGUGCAUUUACAUUCAGUGCCAGCCCUUCACAACCGCAGUAUUUUUUGUACCACUUCCCUCCAGAUGUGGAUUCUGUCAUUGUAAAAGUGAGGUCCGAAAUGGUUUACCCCUGCUCUGUUGUUUCCAUCCAAGAUACUGUGUGUCCAGUUUAUGAUUUGGACCAUAAUGUGGAAUUUAAUGGAGUUUACCAGUCCAUGACGAAACAGGCAGCCAUCACAGUACAGAAAAAAGACUUCCAAGGCAAGCAGUUUUUUGUUGUGUUUGUUAUAAAGCCAGAAGACUAUGCCUGUGGGGGAUCGAUGCCAUCCUCCAUUAAAGGAAUAGCUAAUCAUACUUGGAACCUCCAGAGGAUGAAGACCCUUGAAGUGACAAUUGUUCCUUCAGUGAAAGGUUCUGUGUAUGUGCACGCCAUCCUUUUCAGCUUUCUAAGCUUCUUCUCCUUUUAUCUGGGCGCGCUGGUGGUUGCAUUUGUGCAGUACUGCAGAAUUUAUAGGAAGACUUCAACCAGAGGGCACAGUCCGGAUGAAGGGUCUGGGACAGUGGCUGCCUCUCAUCCCAUCGCUGCCAGCACACCAGAAGGAAGCAGCUAUGGAGCUAUUGAUGAGUCAGGCUCCAGCGGUGGACAGCAAUUAUCAUCUCUGGAUCAUAGACCUCCUUGUGACUUGGAUACAGACAGCUCUGUAGAAGAGGAAAGCGAUUUUGAUACCAUGCCUGAAAUUGAAAGUGACAAGAAUGUCAUCCGCACCAAGAUGUUUCUCUAUCUGUCUGAUUUGUCCAGGAAGGAUCGAAGAAUUGUCAGUAAAAAAUACAAAAUUUAUUUCUGGAACAUUAUCACAAUUGCUGUUUUCUAUGCCCUGCCUGUAAUCCAGUUGGUGAUCACAUACCAGACAGUGGUGAAUGUGACUGGAAAUCAGGACAUCUGCUAUUAUAAUUUCCUCUGUGCUCAUCCACUGGGAGUCUUGAGUGCUUUCAACAAUAUCCUUAGCAACGUGGGCCACUUCCUUCUGGGCUUCCUUUUCCUGUUGAUUGUCUUACGCCGAGACAUCCUCCACAGGCGGUCCUUGGAAACCAAAGACAUCUACACAAUGGAUUAUGGGAUCCCCAAGCACUUUGGCCUCUUCUAUGCCAUGGGAAUCGCUUUGAUGAUGGAAGGUGUCCUGAGUGCUUGUUAUCAUGUUUGUCCCAACUAUUCUAAUUUCCAGUUUGACACCUCCUUCAUGUACAUGAUUGCUGGAUUGUGCAUGUUAAAGCUCUACCAGACGCGCCACCCUGACAUCAACGCCAGCGCCUACUCGGCCUAUGCCUCUUUUGCAGUGGUCAUUUCCCUUGCUGUGCUUGGAGUGGUUUUUGGAAAAAAUUCUGUGUGGUUUUGGGUCCUCUUCUCAGUCAUCCAUGUUGUUGCUUCGCUUGGCCUCAGCACCCAGAUUUACUACAUGGGUCGGUUCAAGAUAGAUGUCUCUGAUCCAGACACUGGGAUUUUCCGACGUGCCAUGAUGGUGUUGUACACAGAUUGCAUCCAGCAAUGCAGCCGGCCAAUGUACAUGGACAGAAUGGUACUGCUUGUUGUUGGGAACCUGGUGAACUGGUCCUUUGCCAUUUUUGGAUUGGUGUAUCGACCAAAGGACUUUGCCUCCUACUUGCUUGGCAUCUUCAUCUGUAAUCUUCUGCUGUAUCUUGCCUUUUAUGUUAUCAUGAAGCUCCGCAGCUCGGAAAGGCUCCUGCCGCUUCCUCUGUUCUGCAUUGUGGCCACUGCUGUGGUUUGGGCUGCUGCACUUUAUUUCUUCUUCCAAAACCUGAGUAGCUGGGAGGAAACCCCAGCAGAAUCCCGAGAGAAAAACCGUCCCUGUCUCCUUCUGGGAUUCUUCGAUGACCAUGACGUCUGGCAUUUCCUCUCAGCGGCUGCCCUGUUCUUCUCCUUCUUGGUCCUGCUCACUUUGGAUGACGACUUGGAUUCUGUGCGGAGAGACAAGAUUCCUGUCUUCUGAACCAUAGCAUGUUUUAUUUUGAUGCUGCCACUGACAUACAUUGUGUUGUUAGUUGGAGCACAGCAUCCCAAGUGCAUUGGAAAGAAACUAUUACUUGAAGAGAGCAAAACAAAUCCCAACACUAACUGGAUCAGGUUGUUUGCCAAACGAUUAAUAUAGAGCACAGAAGAAAUAAUCUGAACCUUUUGGGUGUUUGCCGAUCAUCUCGAACUAUUUCCAAGAAUUCAUUCAAGGGAUAAAGUUUAUCCUACUUGGUUCUCCGUUUGUGGAUUUUCUUCCAGGUACUUUAUUUGUACAGCAUCUUAAUUAAUCGUCAUUACUUUAUAUUGCCAAACAUCACACACAGAAUCAUAGAAUCAAAGAGUUGAAAGAGACCUCAUGGGCCAUCCAUUCCAACCCCCUGCCAAGAAGCAGGAAUAUUGCAUUCAAAGCACCCCCGACAGAUGGCCAUCCAGCCUCUGUUUAAAAGCUUCCAAAGAAGGAGCCUCCACCACACUCCGGGUCAGAGAGUUCCACUGCUGAACGGCUCUCACAGUCAGGAAGUUCUUCAUCGUGUUCAGAUGGAAUCUCCUCUCUUGUAGUUUGAAGCCAUUGUUCUGCGUCCUAGUCUCCAAGGAAGCAGAAAACAAGCUCCUCCCUGUGGCUUCCUUUCACAUAUUUAUACAUGGCUAUCAUAUCUCCUCUCAGCCUUCUAUUCUUCAGGCUAAACAUGCCCAGCUCUUUAAGCCGCUCCUCAUAGGGCUUGUUCUCCAGACCCCUGAUCGUUUUAGUCACCCUCUUCUGGACACAUUCCAGCUUGUCAAUAUCUCUCUAGUCUGUUACUAGGGACCCAGCAGACAGACAUUUCCAUCUCCAUCCAUCCCCAUCCUAACAAUCUCCAGUGCAGAUGUCACAGUUGAACGUUGCACCAGAGUGUCCUGCUGGGUAGGUGUGGAAAAGAUGACAGGAAAGCAUGCUGACAUUGCUCCCAGUGUCUGAUGACUUGUUAGGCAGGACUGGGGAACUGACUGGAGAAUUGUUACAUAUACCCUGCACUAUCACCAUGAAUAAGUAGAGAUAGUAUAAUAUUAUGGCCGCAUAGAUUAAGCAUUUGUAACUGUGAUCAGGAAUUCUAACCUAAAUAGAUAAAAUAAGGUGAAUUUGCACUAAAUUAUUCUCUUUGAUAAGGAUUGGUUCUCCACUCAAAAGCUGAGGUAAUGAAAAUAUUGCAGUGUUAUGAUGUCAUUUAAUCAUUACCAGAAUCUCUUGCAUGUUGCUAUUGGUGACCUCUUGUGAAUCCAAAGAUUGGAGAGGGGAUCUGAAGUGUAACACUGCUUCAUUCCCGACUGCUUUAUUGUUUAAACACCAGAGUGUGAGUAGCAAGGCACUGUGUGUCUUUCUGAAUAAAAGUGUGUUUCGCUGUUA